UCCUUCCUGCAGGUUCGGAUCCCGCUCCGGCGGCGCUGCGGUGACACCGGAGGGCACUCGGGCCCCCGCAGCGCCGGCCAUGGACGAGCGGAGGAAGAAGCGGAGCCCCAAAACCUGCCUGGCUCAGCCCGCGCCCCCCGGAGCCCCGCGGCCGCUGCCCCCGAGCAAAAGCGCGUCCUUCGCGCUGCCGCUGCCCACGCUGCCCUCGCCCCGCCAGCGGCCGCGGCCCCGCCGGACGAGCAAGGAGCGGCUGCGGGCGGCUCCGGGGGGCUCCCGGGGGGCUCCGCUGCAGCACAGCUUCCUCACCGAUGUGUCGGACGUGUGCGAGAUGGAGGGGGGGCUGCUCAGCCUCCUCAGCGAUUUCCACUCGGGGAAGCUGCAGGCGUUCGGUGAGGAGGGG